AUGCAAUUUACUGCAAUACUGAUAUGUCUCUAUUGUAUUUCACGAGCAGCGCAGCAGCUCUCCUUGGACGAGAUUGAAGUAUAUAACCAGACAAGUGCUGUUCCGUUACGCCCUGGUCUCUAUCUGGGAUAUUUAAAACUUCAUGCGUCAGUUGAUCUGAUACGUGUUUUAGUAUCACAGUCGGCACCAAACGUCCUCCCAAACGUAAAAGUCCGGGACUGCUCCAACAUUUCUGUGGAGGAGUGGAAAUGGUUGAAGUCACUAUCCCCAGAUCUGCAGAAGAGCUCAGCAAUGUCGACCAAUCAGCAAGCUUUCCACAGUUGUCUUUCAAAAGCAUCGGAAAAACUUUUCAACAUGUUAGGUAUAUCUGAGGAGAUGUCGUUAUUGCAUCGUUUAUAUGAUGUUGAAGUUAUAGAACUGAGUCCGCAGGUCUCGUUUAUCCUCAUGUUGCCCCCGGCGGAGGAUCUAUGUAUCAUACCAGGUCAGAGUGACGAGAUCGCCGAGAGAGUAGAUUUCACUCUUCUGCCUGUACAAGUGUUUGAAAUGAUUCAUAUGUGUACAUACCAACCACAGUUCAUCAGUCGCUACUCUCGUCUUUCAUCCAUUCUCGAGAUGGACACCAUUUUAGCGCAACAGAUGCAAAGAGAGGCUUUUUCCAAAGAAGAAUUGAAUACAGCAAAAGAUCGCGUUAAGAGACUUCUAAAUUUACAAAAUGACCUUGAUAAAGCGUGGAAAGGGAUGCGUUGGAUUAUGGACAUUAUUACGCAUGCUAGGUCUCGAACUUUUGUCGGAUGCAUUCCGGUACGAACUUUUUAUCAAGCAAAUGGAGACAAUUCGUUAUCAAAUGACCUUGAACACAAGGGCAAAAUACUUGAUAACAACAAUUAUGAAGGCUACUCAACUUCAUGUAAUUCCAAUGAAAUCAGUGUAGGAAAAGAUCACGUCAAAAUUGCAAAGUUUUACGAUCCAAAUGACGAUGAUCUGCAAAACAGUCGUGUUGAGACGAAAUCUGAAACACCUAGUCAUAACGAUAAUUCAGGGAUUUUACGGGUAUACGCAGCAUACGAAACUGGAUUAGCAAAAGGAACAAGUGUAAAAUUACAUGUAACUCCACGAACUACGGCAAGGGAGGUAAUAAACUUGGUAGUGUUAAAUUUGAACCAAGCUGUGAUUAAUAAGGGAAAAUCGGGGCCAGUUUACGAGGAGGAACAAUUUUCUGAAUUCUGCUUGGUUGCUGUGAUAGGUGCAAGGGAGAGAAUUCUAAGAGACGAUUAUCAACCCUUGCAACUUCAAAAUCCAUGGACAAAAGGAAGGUUAUAUGUUCGCAUGAGAAGUAACCUGUUAGCUGCAAUUCAGCAAGGGCAGGCAACAGCAGUCUGAACACACACAGUCUUUGCAAAUAGAAAAAGAUCUGUAUUAGUUUUUUGCAUAGAAUAGGGCAAAUUUAUUUAUCAUUCCGCAAAAAUAUUUAUCAAUAAACAAAAGUUACAAUGGCAAGAAUACUAAACACCUAAGUCAGUAUAUGUAUAAUUGUGUUAUAGGUAGUCACAAAGACAGGCAAAGAUAGCAGUAUACAGACAAUUCUCGAAAAAAGUGGAGAUUUUUUUUCAGAAAUUAACACCUUGAGUGAAUUUUUGUUUUCUUUAUUUCAUGGGGAAAUGAGUGUUGAAAUUUUAAUAUAUCCAUUGUUUUGCAAUAUUUCCAAGUAGGCAUUUGUUUCUAAAUUAAGUAAAAUGUAGCUCAGCUUUCAAUGGGUAUUUACAAAAUCUCUGUCAUUUAUAUUUACAAAAUCUCUCUCAGCUUUUGCUGGAAUUUUUUUUUUUUCAAUGGCCUGAAAGGGAUUUAACUACCAAAAAAGAGAGAUUUGAUUCUAGUUUUGCAUUGAUUUCGCUGGAUUUAAGUUAUUUUAAAUUCAGUGGCCUGAAAGGGAUUUUAACUUACCGAAAAUGAGACUUACGGAGAGAGAGAGAUUAGAUUCUUGUUUCUGCAGCCCUGUAACAUGCAUUGCUUUGCUGAAUUUAAAUUAUUUUCUUUUUUAAUGUAUGGCCAUUUGUAGACUUUUUUAGCCAUUUUUUUUUUGUUCAUUUUAAAGCUUGCCAUUCAUUUCCAUAGAAAAUACACAGUAUGUAUUCAAGCA